GGUACGUGACUUUCAAACACGACGCUGCCCUUAUAAAAGCUGCCGCGAUAGCGCGUCACAUACAUUCUCUCCGCACGAAGCAGUCGCACGAUAUCAACACAAUGGUGAAGACAAGACUUUCAGGAAUCGUCGGAGUUCUCGAUUGGAGGGACCUGGAAUUCAUGGAAGCCAUUCCGAGCUGGUGGACCUGUAAGCUGUGCGGUGCCGUUUCACGCUACACCCUCCUGCUACCUUGUUCCCACGAGUUCUGCGAAGUGUGCAACGAUCAAAUCACAGCCAAGGGACAGCGGUGCCCGCUCGACGGAUGCGAGUAUACCGUUAAAGAUGUCAAACGACUCGUGGUAAACCCUGUGCAGCUUGGCGAACGGGUAGCUCGCUGCGUGAACUUCAGUCGCGGCUGCAACUUUCAUGGUCCUGUGCGGAAGGUCAAGCAACAUUUUCAGGAUGGUUGCUCUUUCAACACGGUCACUUGCGUCAAGUGUAAACGCGAGGUGCUACACAAGGAGUACCUGGAACAUUUCCUCAGCUACUGUCCAGGUUGUGUCACUCCAGCGGUCAACCCAACUUGCGAGGACUCAAACGCUUCUGUCCAAGAAACGGAACUCGCAACGCUUCAAAUUUCUGAUUCCAGAACAGACGCACAAGACGACAUGAAUUCUCUUUUGGAACGCAUCGCAACGUUCACCGAGAGGGUAAAGGUACUCGAAGACACACUCUCGAGGAAAAUUUGCGAAACUUUGCCAACACGCAGAAGGAGCUCCACCCACCUCAUGGUGCAGGGUCGCAGUACGAUCAAAUCCGCCUCCUGCUGCAUUGGCGGCUUCUACUGUAGAGAAACCAAUGUUUCUACGAGCCAUACUACUAAGGGCUACAGCCAAAGUGUCAUGGUAGCUGGGUACACGCUUAAGGUGAGCAGCAAUUUCCAGUUUGAAGAUAACUGCACGUGGCUCUCCCUGUCCCUGAUGAUCUGUGAAGGUCCGUUCGAUAGCUUUGUGAGCUGGCCUUUUCGGAAGAAUUGCACCGUGAUUCUGGUGCAUCCUAUUGACUCUAGAAAGAACGUCAGGCGCCCCGUCUCCACAGAACUCAUGGACAACCGUUGUUAUCGGUGGUUCAGAAAACCGAAACCUGGAGAAGAUAACGAAGAGUUCGGACACCAGUUAUUCGACUCCAAAGACGUGGCGUUCAUGGGCUUUGUUGUAAACGAUUCAAUUUGUGUUUCCAUCGAGGUAGAAUAAGCUUUUAAUGAAUUUGAUGUUUCGCAUUCUGCAUUACUACUAUAAUCAAAGAAAUAAUUUUAAAUGUAAAAUGAGCGCUUUUUUAAUUAUUUAUUUCGUAUAACGUGAAAGUGAACAAUUUGUUUUUGUGAUGCUUUGCGAAAUUGUGGAGUCAUUUUUUUAGGUAUUGUAUUUUGCAGUUUGUGGUAUGUGUAUAAAGUGCUUUGUAAAAAGUACAAUUUGUCGUCAAAUUUUUUAUUGCAUUCGAAUACAACAUCUUUUACUGCCUUAAUAUUGAACGUAUAAAACUCAGAGGACAAGCGCAGGAUAACCACCAUCUUUAAUUUAGCAAAAACGUUUAUUUCGGGUAGGAAAAUUCCACCCUGAACGAGAUCCCUGAACGAGAACGAGAUAGCCAAUAAAUUCGAGGUUAUUUGGCCUUGUUCGAAACCCCAGGAGGCAAACUAAAAUUCAAAAGGGAAGAUUCAUCCUUGGAAGGGCUACAAUUUUUAGACAUGCGAUUGAAAAAAAAAAAAAAAAAAAAA